AUAAAUUUUUUUCAUUCUUCCCUUUAUUUUCAAAGUAUCUAGCCCACAAACUCGGCAGGGUUAGCUUGUGAGAGGUUUCGAUCUUGUAUUGUAGAAUGGCUCUGAUAUCAUGUCAGAUAAUAUAAAACUCAAACAUUAUUAAAGUGAUUUCCAUUAAUCAAUAUUUAUAGGGUUUCAUUGAGAGAUGAGCUACAAGAUAUAUAAAAAUGUCAUAUAUGAAUUCUAUAAAAAUUCUCUAUUUUUAUUUUUAUUUAAUUGUUUUUGUUGGAGAUAUUCUCUACUUUAUCAUCACCUAGCUACUUGCAAAAAAAAAAAAAAAAAAAAAAAAAAUUAAAUUAAAUUAAAUCAUGUAAGAUAUUUAGCAUGGUGCAAAAACUAAAGCAUUUAUAUUUUGUGGUCAAUUUAUUAUCUUCUAUAGCGUAGGUACAACAUUUGUGGCAUUAAAUAUAUAUACAUGGAUUGUCAAUGUAAAGUGUUAUCAUAACAUGCAUGCAUAAAAAAAAAAAAAAAAAAAAAACUAGACCAUCUUUCUUUUCUGUUCGUCUAUAAUUGAAGGAAUAAGAAAAUCAACAAAUAUAAAUAGCAUGAUAUGUAUUGUAAGUGUAGUGUUAUUAUUAUCAAUGAUAGGGUGGUUAUCAUGGUGGUGGAAUGAGAUAUGGUAUGUUAGACCACUCAAGGCAAGGUGCUCUGCAUCCAAUGUCAAAAUACCUCUCGGUCAUUUGGGUUUCCCUUUGUUGGGGGAGACCCUCUCCUUUCUAUGGCUCUUUAAUAUUGUUAGUCGUCCUGACGAUUUUAUCACCUUUAAAAAACACAAGUAUGGAUAUAAGGAGGGAAUAUAUAGAAGCCACUUGUAUGGGUCUCCAAGCAUCAUAGCAUGCUCCCCGUCUUUGUGCAAAUUUGUACUCAAUUCGAGCGAUAAAUUUACACAAGAAUGGCCAACUACCCAAGUAUUAGGAGCUAAUUCUGUAAUCACGCUUAAUGAGGGCCAACAACAUAGUAUUAUUAAGAGUGCUAUUGUCAAAUCCAUCAACCAGCCUGAUUAUCUUUCAAGGAUUGUGCUCCAAAUUCAGCCUACCAUUGUUGCUGCCCUUCAAUUAUGGUCUCAAAUGCCUAAAAUCAAUGCAUUUUAUCAAGUAAAAAAGGUAACGCUUGAUUAUACUAUGAGAUAUAUCGCUCAUCUUGAAAUUGGUAGCUCUCAAAUAGAUGCUAUUGAGAAGCUAUACCAGGGUAUAGUUUAUGGCUUUCGAGCACAACCAUGGAACCUUCCCGGCACAGCUUAUCAUCAUGCCCUCAAGUGUCGAAAGGAGAUUACAAAGAAGCUGAAGGAGGAGUUAGAGAAAAGGAAGCAGAAGAAUAAAGAUAGUGUUUCGGGAGAAAGUGCAAUAAUAAGCGAUCUAAUGGAUGGUUUAAUGCAAAUGAAGAAUAAUGAACAAAGACAUCUAAGCGACGAAGAGGUGUUAGAUAAUGUUGUGAGCACUAUUCUAGUUGGUCACAUUUCUAUUGCUUAUGCUGUGACAUGGUCUCUGCAGUUUUUAGCCAAUAAUCCUCAUGUUCUACUCAAGCUUCGGGAGGAGAACAAGGCUAUGUUUAAAGAGGACAACAAUGAGAGCAUCACAUAUGAAGAUAUUUUGAAGCUCAAGUACACAAAGAAGGUUGCGGAAGAAACAAUAAGAAUGGCAAACCUCUCUGCCUUUGUGUUCAGGAAAGCCACCGAUGACAUUGUAUUUGAAGGUUACUUAAUACCAAAAGGUUGGAGUGUUCUUGUAUGGCUAAGGAACCUUCACAAUGAUCCAACAAAUUUUGAAGAUCCUAUGUCCUUUAAUCCAGAUAGAUGGGAUACUCGCCCAAAGCAAGGAACAUAUCAUCCUUUUGGGGGAGGUUCGAGAUCUUGUGCGGGAAGUGCGCUUGUUCGAGUUUCACUAGCCAUAUUUCUCCAUCAUUUGUCUAUUGGAUACAAGUGGAAAUUGCUUAAUCCUGGUGCGAAGGUCAAGUAUCUUUCACAUCCAUUACCUAGCGAUGGCCUCGAAAUUUCAAUUAAUAAAGUUUAAAUACACUCAAAUUAUAUGUACAAGUUAAGAGACAUAAGCAAUAUAAAUAAUCUAUGAAGCUAGAUUCUCUGUUUUUAUUCCACAAUAUUAUCUCCUUAAUUCUAAUUUUAA